AUUGGUUGGUCACAAAAGAAAAGACAUGUGACAAGGCAAGAGAGACAAAUGGGAAGGUCCUGUUGUUUCUAACGCACCUAGCUUUCCUAAGUUCGAAACUUUUUCCUUUGGACGCAGGUUUCUUAGUUUGAAAGUAAUAAUGAGUAAUCUUGAACAGGUAUCAUCGAACAAAUGUUUUGGAGGCUUCCAGAAAGUCUUCAAACAUUCCAGUUCUGAAUUGAAAUGUGAAAUGAAAUUCGGUAUUUAUUUACCUGCGAAAUCUGAAUUUGGCAAACUUCCUGUGCUCUAUUGGCUUUCCGGUGCGACAUGUAGUGAGCAAAAUUUCAUAACAAAAUCUGGUUUCCAAAGAUAUGCAGCAGAACACAACAUCAUCGUUGUUGCACCUGAUACAUGUCCAAGGGCAUUUUAUGAGCGCAAAGAUGAUGGCUAUGACCUUCAAAAGGAUGUUGCUUCCUAUGUGGAUGCAACUCAACCAAAAUGGAGCACCAACUACCGAAUGUAUUCUUACAUUGUCAAAGAGCUGCCAAAAUUGAUAGAAUCCAACUUCCCAGUCUUACCAGAAAAGAAAUCCAUUUCUGGCCAUAGCAUGGGUGGACAUGGUGCCUUGACAAUCGCCUUAAAGAAUCCAACAAAGUAUAAGUCUGUGAGUGCCUUGUCCCCAGUCUCUAACCCAAUUCUUUCUCACUUGAGCAAAGAGGCCUUUAAGGAACAUUUGGGUGAAAAUGAAGAUGAUUGGCAUGAAUAUGAUACUUGUAGUUUGAUGAGGAAGAACGGAAGUCCAUUUGCUGACAUCCUCAUUGACCAGGGUUUGGCUGAUAUCUUUCUAAAGGAUGUGUUAUUAACAGAGAAUUUGGAGAAGGUUGUUCGGGAGAAAAAUGUUGCAGCCACAAUCCGGAAACAUGAGGGCUACGGCCACGGUUACUACUUCAUCGCGUCUUUUAUUGGUGACCACAUUAAGUAUCAUGCUAAAUUUCUAAAUGAAGCAAGCAAAUACUGAUAUAUAGACCGUUUUUUUUCCUGCCGGUUGAAGUUUUCAGAAGAAAUAACAGAUUUAUGUUUGGUAUUUUUAUAACUAAUUAAAAUAUCUGGUGCUAAUCAAUACCUUGUUAUCAAUUUUCUUUUCCUGCUUAUUGCAGCAUUUAAAUAAAAAUCAUAAACUUGUAUUC